ACUCGAGCCGAGCCACUCACUACACCAGUCCACUGAGUUGAACCGGAGACUAACCAACCAUUGAUUUCGUUUCCGAUAACUCGACGAACUAACUAGCCUCUCCCGCUCGCCACCGUCAGAUUGAAAUCCCCUCCGCCGCUAGUAAACUUCCAUUUCUUAAGCUCAACUUUAAGUUUUUUAUCCCGAAGAGAGAGAGCUUCAAGUUUUUGAAGCAAACAGAGGCAUUGUAUAGUAGGGUGUGUCUCCUAUUUCUUGGAUCUGAAUGUGCAACUAUCAUUUCAUUUUUAAGGAGCCUAAUAGCACCAAUACAGUGCCUGGGUCAUCUAAUCCAUUACCAAUGUCAGAAAGUUAUCUGGCCAUCAUGCAACGAGAGAUGAUGCAGUCCUACAUCUGGCUUAAAACUGCUGAUGGUUCAAUUCACCGAGUGGAAAAAGAGAUUGCGAUCUUCUUUCCCAUGAUAUGUCAAGAGGUCGUAUGCAAGGGUGUUGGAACUUCUAAGAAUCAUCCAAUAUCGCUUCCACAGCAAGUAAAUCAAGCUACGCUCAGCUUGAUUCUUGAUUACUGUAGAUUUCAUCUAGUGCAUGGACGUUCAAACAAGGAACGAAAAACUUAUGAUCAAAAAUUCAUCCGGAUGGACACAACGAUGCUACGUGAGUUGGCCUCAGCCGCUGGCAGUUUACAGCUGAAGCCGUUGGUUGAUCUUACUUGUCGCACACUUGGACGAAGCAUGGAAGGAAAAACCCCUGAGGAGAUGAGAGAGAUACUUAAUUUUCCUGAUGACCUUAGUCACCUUACUGACGAGGAGAGAUUAUUGCCUCUGAAGAACACAAUGGAUGAUCCAGGGAUUCGACUACUGAACAGAUUGAACGCAAAGAAAAGAAAGGAGCUAAAAGAAGGAGAGAGAUUGCAGAAUGUUGAGGUUGAAGAACAUGUGGACGAACGUUCUGUAGAUGACCUGGUAUCGUUUAUAAACGGCGGAGAUGCCAAGGUAGUAAAGACGUCAAAGGGAAAGAAGAAGAACAAGAAAAAGAAGGACCAGAAGAUUGUUUCCUCAAAUGAAAAAGAAGGAGCCGAAGAGACUGGAUCCAUCACGAGAGAGGUAGAGGUACCCAACUUACCUAGUACGGAAGAUGACAUCUUUACGCCAAAGGCCGGGUCUGAAGAUGGAGAUUCAGAUGAUGAAAUGGAUCCAGCCAUGAAGGAAAUGCUUGAUAGAGAGGUAGAAGAUUUUGCUCGAAGAUUGAACUCCAAUUGGGUUGGAUCGCAAGGACAAGUAAGAAGGCCUGUUCACUUUUCCAUGAACGGCAACGGGACUACAAGACGGCAUAUAGGUUAAUCUUCAGGAUACAAUUGAUGAAUUCAAUGGCUUGGCACAGUUUUGGUUGGUUAUAUGAGCAAAUAGGAGAGAGAGAAUGGUUCACCAGUUGCUGAAGUAGAUGCAGUUUUGACUUGAUUUCUUUACUUUGGAAUGAUUGAUCCUUUUAUUUGUAAAACCACGUUUUGAGUAUUUUUGUUGGUGUAUCCAAUUCAGAGUCCAAUUCUAUAUUAGUUUAAUUC